AUGUCAAAAUUCACUAGGACCAGCUUGAAGAGCAAAAAAAAGUUGAAAAUUUCAAAUCAAGAAAACUUCGUUGAAUUGAAGACUUCAGAGGAUUUCUUGAACCAAGGAACUGAGGAAGAAGAAUCGGGUGAUAGAUUUACAUUAUCUGAUUUAUCCAAAUCGCUUAGAUUCUACCAAAAAGCUUACGAAUAUUACCUCCAGGCCAAAGACUUAUCAUAUGCCGAGCUUGCCAAUGCUAACAAAAGAAAACCGAAAUCAUCGCAAUUACUUUUAGAUUGUGUUUACAAUGCUUCAAGACUUCUUUUCCAUGUUUUCAACGAGUUCGUGAAAGAUGAUAUCAUAAAUUUUCAAGUAGAUGUGAAAAAUAUCGAUAAUGUGGUUAAUAGUGAUUAUCUGAUCCUCAAGACUUUGCCAGAGGUGUUGAAAUCGCACGAAGAUGCUAUCUCUAUAUAUCAAAAGCUCUCGGCAGAAGACGGCUCUCAAGUAUUUGUGUGGGACUUAUUUUAUAAUACUUGUUUGGUUUAUACUGAAUUGAUCGAGGAUGCUAGCGAAGAGGAUGUACCUAUAGAAAGCUUUGAAGCGUAUGUUGCUAGAGGAAUGGAAUUAUUCAAGCAAAUUUUAGAAUUUCAAGUUAUGGAAUUGCAAAAAUUGGUAGAAGAGAUGAACGGUCAAAGUGGAGGUGAGCAUCAACAUGCUCAUGACCACGAAGGUCCAUGUGAUCAUCAUCAUGACGAUCAACACCAUGAUGAGGAAGAAGAAGAUGAAGAAGAAGAUGACGAUGAGGAAUAUUCCGCCCAGGAAGCAAUUGUCCCCUCGACAAUUCUUGAAACGAUCAUAUCAUGCUACAGUUUCAUACAAUCCAUUUUUGAAACUAUUAAUUUGAAUUCUGGUUAUCAACAGGCAUUCAACCCGGUGAUUUUAAAUGAACUUGAGAUGUUUGUGGAACUGAUUGAAGUGGUUCUUCAAAAUUUGGUUCAGAAUUUCUACCGUGAAGAUAGCCACAACGAUAAUACCUUAAAUCAAGAGGAAGAGUCUGAUAUGUUGGCACCAUUGGACAAGAAGGAUUUAAUACAAUUGGAAAUAAUCAAGACUUCUAUUGGUGGCUUAUCAACGAAGAACUCGUUGGAUGAUUUAAUCACAUUAUGGGACUCCAAACUCAAAGAACUAGGAUCCAAUGUCAUGAGUGUGGAACAAGAGUCUGAUUUGUUCACGGAAAAAUAUUCAAUGAUUGCUGACAAUUUUCAAAUUUUCUACGAUAGGAAUGUCAGUGGGGCAAAUUCUACUAUCAGUGCAGAAGACCACUGGAAGCUUUUGUCUAUUAUGAGCAACUACUACAAGAAAUCGCAAGAUAUUUACACCUAUUUAUUGAAAAAAACCCAACAAGACAGCAAAUUGAAUGCCAAUAAUUCCAUUGAAUUGUCGCCAUUAAUCUCACAACUUGUCUUGAUCAUCAUUUCCAGAGUAGAUAUUGAUGUCACAAAGGUGUAUUGUGAUCAAUUCAAGCAGCCGGGUAAUAAUUUUGAUAAAAGUAACAUGCAAAAUGGAAAAAUUGAUGAGAUUUUGACUAGAAAUAUUGGUAUCAAUUUGAAGAAUUGUCUUAGCUAUUUGAAUAUGAACUGCGGUCUUAGAGAAAGAAUCUUUGACAAAUUGUCUAGAAGACAAAAGAAGUUCCAGGUCAUGUCAAGACAAUAUAUCCUCGGGCUUGUGGGGAAUUUGCAAGUGAGCAAUAACGAUGAUAGGCAAUUACUUCGAAUCGAAGUUGCGGGAUUGAAAGAUCUUGAUGCGUAUAAAGGCUUCAAAUUUCCUCUAUAA